AUGUCAGAAGGUACAUUAUACUGUUUUUCUCCAUCCCCAAGAUCAUUCAUCUUGGAAGACCUCAUCAAGUAUUUCAAAUUGGAUGUUAAAAUAACUGAGGAAAAAGAUGAGAGAUACCACCGUUACUUCCCAAUGGGUUUGACUCCAGCUUUCAUUGGUAAGAAGGGUUACACCUUAACCGAAGUAAUUGCCAUUGCCAAGUACUUGUUCAGCUUGGUUCCACAAGACCAAUUGAAAGGUCUUUUGGGUAAGAACGCGGCUCAAUACGCUUCAAUCUUGCAAUGGGAAUCAUUCAUUAAUCAAGAAUGGUUUGGUGCUUGGUUGCCAACUUUCUACAUGAUUGCUGGUUGGGCUCCAUACAACAAAAAACAAAACGACGAGUGCCAUGUCAAAUUGAACAAGAUGGCCGAGAUCUUGUCAAACAGAUUGAACGACUUCACUUACUUGGUUGGUGAAAGACUUACUUUUGCCGAUUUAUAUGCUGCUUCUGUUGUUUCAAGAGGUUUGGAGACAAACUUGGGUGCACCAUUUGCCGAGAAAUACCCUGCCAUCAGCAGAUGGUUCAAAACCGUUUCUCAACAUCCAUUCUUCAACGGCAGAUAUGCCAACUUUGAAUAUAUCAAAGAACCAAUGGUUUACACUCCACCAAAGAAAGAGAAGAAGGAGAAGGCUGCUCAAGCUCCAGCUGCCAAGAAGGAAGCUUCUGCACCAAAAGCUGCUGCUGCUUCUGAACCAGCUGAGCCAGCACCAGCACCAAAGCCAAAGCACCCAUUGGAGGCCUUGGGUAAGCCAAAGGCUGCAUUGGAUGAAUGGAAGAGAGUCUACUCCAACGAGGAGACUAGAGAAACUGCUAUUCCAUGGUUUUGGAAAAACCAAUACGACCCAGAAGAAUGGUCAUUGUGGAAGGUUGACUACAAAUACAACGAUGAGUUGACCUUGACCUUUAUGUCCAACAACUUGGUUGGUGGUUUCUUCAACAGAUUGUCUGCUUCAACCAAAUACAUGUUUGGAUGUAUGGUUGUUUACGGUGAAAACAACAACAAUGGUAUCACUGGUGCUUUCUUGGUCAGAGGUCAAGAUUACGUUCCAGCUUUUGAUGUUGCUCCAGAUUGGGAAUCUUAUGAGUUCACCAAAUUGGAUGGCUCAAAGGAAGAAGUCCAAAAAUUCGUCAACAACAUGUUGGCUUGGGAUGAGCCAGUCGAAGUCAAUGGUGAGAAGAGAGAAAUUGCUGACGGAAAAGUUUUUAAAUAG